AGGCUGGUGGGCAAAUCUACUGCAGGCUGAUGAGACUGAUGAGAAGCAGGUGUGCAGACUGGGAGAGAUGAUUGGCUGAUAGCAGACAGGGAUGGAUCAUCGUAGCCACAGGUCUGACUCAUGUGCUGGGUUUAAAAACUGCUAGAGCGCUCGGAGAACAAACACAGUCUGCUGUGGGACUCUGUUGAGCACUUCUCAGGCUCUGUGCAUCGGCCCAGGAUUAUUGAAAACUUUAAUAUGGACUACACAUGGCUGCUGCUGCUGGUGCUGCUCAACCUCAGUGGAGCUAUUUGUGCAGUGGUGCAAUGGACAGAAUUAGAUGAAGCAAAGGCCUAUUUGAGGCAGUAUGGUUACCUGAAUGACCCCGCUGAUCCACAGGACCCUCAUUACCUGGAAGAAGUCAUUGAAGCUCUCAGGGUUCUCCAGAGGGUGAAUGAUCUGCCACCUACUGGAGAAUUAGAUGAAGCUACUCUGAAUCUGAUGAGACAGCCGCGCUGUGGCAUGGAGGACCCCUUCAACAAGAAACAGCACAGAUACAGAGUGAUGGGUCAUUGGAGAAAGAGGAGUCUGACCUAUCGCAUCUACAACUACACACCUGACAUGAAGAAGGCAGAGGUCAAGACGGCCGUCCGCUCUGCCUUCAAGUACUGGAGUGACAUGGCGCCUUUGACCUUCAGAGAGGUCGACUACGGCAGACCAGACAUAAAGAUCUCCUUCCAUGCAAACGAUCGCUACUGCGCCAACCCAUUUGAUGGCCCUGGUCAUGUACUCGCCCAUGCUGAGACACCAGAAUCUGGUAUUGUCCAUUUUGAUGAGGAUGAGUUCUGGACCGAGGGAACAUAUUAUGGCACUAAUCUGCGUAUUGUGGCUGCCCAUGAAAUCGGCCACGCCCUCGGCCUGGGCCACUCUCAGUUCAGAAGCGCUCUGAUGGCUCCUGUCUACGCUGGUUACCGUGCCAACUUCAGGUUGCAUUCAGAUGAUAUCAGAGGCAUCCAGAUGUUGUACGGCAAACGCACCACCAGCACUUUAGCCAGUCCAACAAGCCCAGGCAGUCUGUUUCCCACAGCGAGCAGCCCUGAUACUGAGAACAACCCUAACCCCUGCACUGCCACACUGGAUGCCAUCAUGUUAGGUCCAUGGAGGAAAACCUUUGCUUUCAGUGGUGAUUCCGUCUGGACGAUCACUGAUCUGGGACACAACACACCGAUAAAGAUCGACAGGCUGUGGACCACCCUCCCUGGCAACCUGGAUACUGCUGUGCACUCUCCAAGAACCAACAAGACAUACUUUUUUAAAGACAGUAAAGUGUGGAGGUACACCAUGUUCUCGCUGGACUGGGGCUACCCCAAACUGGUCAAACGGAUCCCUCAUAAUAUUGAUGCAGCUUUGUACCUGGAGAAGAACAAGAAGUUGGUCUUUAUCAAGGGUUCAGAGUACUGGCAGUGGGAUGAGCUGAAGUACACUGACUUAAGUGUCUACCCCAAACCGCUCUCUAUGCUCUUCACCGGAGUGCCGUCCAGUCCGGAUGCAGCCCUCACCUGGACCAACGGCAAGAUCUUCUUCUUUAAAGGAGAUGACUACUGGCGUGUGAAUGAGCUGUUCAGUGUCGAAAGAGGAUACCCACUGAGCAAGAAGGAGCGCUGGAUGCAAUGCUAGGGGUCAACCAUCAGGGGGCAGCAUGUAUCAAGAGGUCUACAGCAGGGGUGCUGGUUCCACUCCAGAGGCAUUGACAACCAGGCAACCUCAACAGCAGUGAUUGAUUGUGAAUCAUCAUUUAUCACGUUAAAAAAAAAAAUGUUUUAUUUCACUGGAUCUGAUUUCAACCAAGCUAGGGUGAUUUUUUGUGAGGCUUACUCCCUGAGCAAAUACGUGUGUUUUUGUGACUGCAAGAAUUAUGUAAGCUUUUGUAUGAUCUCAGGGAGAAAUCAAGGGAGGCCUUCUGUUUUUCUCUCUAACAUAUGUGUUGGAUUAUGUGUUAAUACUUUCAGUAAGAUGUAAUAUGAUGAUGGGAGUGUGCACUUUCUGUUCAGACAUUUUGUUUAACCUAUCAUGCAACACUUUUAAAAAGUAUGUUUAGUGCUCUUAAAUGUUACUAAACACUUCCAUUAUCUCAUGAAUCACACUGGUCUGUGAGGAAUCAUGUGACAUAGUCAUGUGUCCUGUGAAAAUGUAACAUUUUUUACAAUUAAACAAGACAUAAUGUCUGCUGUAAAAUUGGUUCUUUGAUUGUAGUUCCCUGUCACCAGAAAAGUGGCUCAACAUUCCCACAAAAAGGAUAGAAAAUAUUCAACAUUCAUUAUGAUGAAAGGCUGGUCUGUCCUUCAUUGUGUUGUCAGCAAAAAAACUUUGGUGGCGCCAUGGCAACGCCAACCAGUUUUAGAGUAGGAAAUCCUCCCCAUGACCUCUUUAUUGCCCAUGAAAACCUGGUGAGUAAUACUGCCAGUGUUGCUAAGAGCCCAAAGAGACAAACAGUGUCAUUCAUCUGACUCAAUCAAUAAGUGAAAAAACUGGUUUUGUAUCAAACACAUUUAUUUAUCUUUUGAAAUUUCUAUCAACAGGUAUGUACAGAUUCAGGUAACAAGUGCAUUGUCCCUGCACAAUUCAAACACAGUGGAUAAUUAUUUAAAAAUCUACAAAUUAACAACAAACAUGCUUUGUUUUUUUGUCCUUUUUUCAACCCUACCAUGUCAUUUUAUAAA